GAUGAUCACCAUCUGCGCCUCGUUGGGGUACAAGUCGCCCUUUUUGUGCCCUAUGGGCCAGGAGAAGGAUGCCAACCUGGCCAAAGCAAACUUGGCCAAGGGCUCCAAGUCGGAUCUGAUCGCGCUGGUCAAUGCGUACAAGGGCUGGAAGAGAGGCGGCGUGAGCUUCGCAAGGCAGAAUUUCCUCUCCAACGAGACGAUGGACUACAUCCAUCGCUUGCGAGAAGAUCUCAUAGCAGCAACCAAAGACGUUCUGCAUAACGUGCCCGAGGAUCAUGCUGAUCCUGAUCUUCUGGCGGACGCCUGUCGCGCAGUGCUGACGGCGGGCCUCUACCCAAACCUGGCGCGGCUCCGCAACCGUGGAAAGGGCAACACCCUUCAGGGCCUUCCUGUUGUGGUCCAUCCAGGCAGUGUCAACUCCAAGGAGGCCUGGAGUCAAGUUGCUUUCUACGAGGUCCAAGAAACCACCGAGCGCUACAUGUAUGACACAACGGUGGUGGGCUUGUCUCCUGUGCUACUUUUCGCCCCUGUCUUGAAAGAAGUGCACCGGAAACGAAGCGUUGUCUUCGAACUGGAGAGGGCGCACGUUAAAGUGGAUGUGAAGGUGGCGGAUGCACUGCAGUCCCUGCGAGGUCUAGUUUCCACCUUCGUCGACCGCUCCGUGGGAGCGGCGCCUAAUGCUUCGAUGCUCGACAUGGCCUCAACACUCACCCAGCUCGUUGCGGAGAAGGUGAUAACUGUCGCGGGCGAUGAGGGCGAUGAGGAGGAUGGCGGGUCUGCCGUGGGUGAUGCAAGUGAAGGGACCCAGAACCUCCUCCAGAGCCUUCGCAAUGGCGACUUGGGUAACGUAGAGGCAAGAAUACUUGCGGACAUU